UACGAUCUCUAUUGGUUAGCUAAACCAGCCCAUUUUGCAUUAAAUACCACCAUCAUCACUGAGGAGAUAUUCAGGACUCCAGAGAAUCCUUCCAAGAACAGCAUCAUGAUCAUCUCCGUGCUUUUGCUAGUCACCUUGCUACCAUAUCUGACUGUUCCAGCAUCUGUGCAAGUGGGUAUAGUAAACGGCACAGAAGCUAAACCUCAUUCAAGACCCUACAUGGUUUCAAUUCAAAGUAAUAACAAACACAAAUGCGGUGGCUUCCUUGUAUCUGAACAGUUUGUCAUGACGGCUGCGCACUGCUUUAAAGAAGGAGAGAAGCUGACAGCUGUGGUUGGAGCUCAUGAUCUCACUCAUGAUUCUCGCCACAUGGAUGUGAAGUUCUACCACAUCCACCCUGGGUAUGAGUCCAAAAGUCUGCUAAAUGACAUCAUGCUAAUUCAGCUACAUGAAAAGGUCAAUAAGAGCAAGAUCGUCAACUGGAUCUCCAUACCAAAGAAAAAUAAGGACAUCAAGACCAAGGUCAAAUGCAGUGUUGCAGGAUGGGGGAAAAAAAACACCAAAGGUGCAGCGAGUGCUAAGCUUAUGGAGGUGGAUGUCACCAUCAUUGAUGCAAAACAAUGUAAGAAGUCCUGGGAAAAAAUGUACUCCAUCUCACGUAUGGUGUGUGCAGGUGGCCGCGGAGGAUUUUGCCAGGGGGAUUCAGGAGGACCCUUGGUGUGCAAUAAUGUCGCAGUCGGUGUUGUUUCAUUCAACGAGCUAAACAACUGUAACUCACCUAAACUACCAAAUGUCUACACCAAGAUUUCCAAAUUUCUAAGUUGGAUAAAAGCUAUUCUUGAAGGUGUGAAGCAAGAACUUUAAUAAUUAAUAAACAUUUUAUUUAAACAA